ACUGAGGAGCAAAAGCAGAAAUACAUACCGAAGUUGGCAUCCGGCAAAAAGAUUGGGUGUUUUGGUUUGACCGAACCCAAUCACGGCUCCGAUCCUGCAGGAAUGGAGGCAAAAGCAGUUUGGGUUCCCGAGCAAAAAAUUUAUAAACUGUACGGCACGAAAACAUGGGUGAGCAAUUCACCGGUGGCCGACGUAUUGAUUGUAUGGGCAAGAAGCAAACGGCACGACAACCAAAUUAAGGGUUUCAUACUCGAGAAAGGUAUGAGGGGUCUACAGACCCCUAAAAUCACGGGUAAAAUGUCACUGCAAACGAGCGUUACUGGCGAGAUUGCAAUGGAUGGUGUGCCAGUGCCGGAGGACCAGCUACUCCCUAAAACCAAUGUAUUUGUCAACUUAUUCAUCAGAAUGAAAAAACAGAUAAAUACUUUUAAAUUUUUAGCAAAUGAGCAUUUAGCAGCGCCAGUAAAAUGA